GGCGUUUGAGUGGCAAGUUGUUUGUUACAGCGAACACCAGCUGCUGCUGCGCCGGGCGCCGCGCUCCGCCGGGCGCUGUUUGCUUGUCCACCCCGUAGCUCGCUGCACCCCGCAGGUCCUCCCCAGGCCUCCUUUUUUUGCAACUUGCCAAGCUUCCUUUUUCUGGAUCGAGUACAAAUCAGCCCAGCACCGAGCUCCGGGCCCCCUUCCCUGGGCCGGUUGCCCCACGGCUUGGGGCGCGCAGGGGGCGGGGGCCGCUGCUCGUCCCCGUCCCCCGUCCCCGUCCCCCGUCCCCCCCCCCGCAACUCGGGCCACCGCGGAUGAUCCGCUGUGGAGGAGCCCUGGGCGGACGAUGGAACUGCACAUUCUGGAACACCGACUGCAAGUUGCCAGUGUCGCCAAGGAGAGUAUCCCGCUCUUCACCUACGGCCUCAUCAAACUUGCCUUCCUGUCUUCCAAGACCAGGUGCAAGUUUUUCAGUCUGACAGAGACCCCCGAGGACUACACCAUCAUCGUGGAUGAGGAGGGCUUCCUAGAGCUGCCCUCCUCUGAGCACCUGAGCGUGGCUGAUGCCACCUGGCUGGCCCUGAACGUGGUGUCUGGUGGCGGCAGCUUCUCCAGCUCCCAGCCCAUCGGUGUGACAAAGAUCGCCAAGUCUGUCAUCGCCCCACUGGCUGACCAGAACAUCUCCGUGUUUAUGUUGUCCACCUAUCAGACCGACUUCAUCCUGGUGCGCGAGCGUGACCUGCCCUUUGUCACUCACACCUUGUCCUCGGAGUUCACCAUCCUUCGGGUUGUCAAUGGAGAAACGGUAGCGGCCGAGAACCUCAGUAUCACCAAUGGCUUUGUGAAGCCCAAGAUGGUCCAGAGACCAGUCAUCCACCCCUUAUCCAGCCCAAGCAACAGGUUCUGUGUCACCAGCCUGGACCCUGACACACUGCCCGCCGUCGCCACACUUCUCAUGGAUGUGAUGUUCUAUUCCAAUGGAGUGAAGGACCCCAUGGCUGCCAGUGACGAUUGUGGCCACAUCCGCUUCUUCUCCUUCUCACUCAUUGAGGGCUACAUCUCACUGGUGAUGGAUGUCCAGACCCAGCAGAGGUUCCCGAGUCAUUUGCUAUUCACGAGUGCAUCCGGAGAGCUCUGGAAGAUGGUGCGGAUAGGAGGACAACCCCUGGGAUUCGACGAGUGUGGAAUUGUAGCCCAGAUCUCUGAGCCCUUGGCAGCUGCAGACAUCCCGGCAUAUUACAUCAGUACUUUCAAGUUCGACCAUGCAUUGGUUCCAGAGGAGAAUAUCAGUGGUGUUAUCCACGCCCUGAAGGUCAGUCAAGGAGGGAAGCAUUAGAAGAGGCUCAUCUCCGGGCUCCUCUCUGCCACAGCCUACAUGGGCCUUUUCCCCAAUGAAGGUUAUUCUUGCAGUAUUUCCCUGUGGACUGAAAGAUCGGCCCCAGGACCCUAAGGACGGGGCCUCUGGGACACUCCCCUGAUUCCUGACUCCCUCCAGGCCUGAGUCCAAGCCAAGGCCAUCCCCACAUCCACCUCCAGCCUUCCAGCGUCCCCAGCCUUUUCAAUAAUGACUCAGUUUCCCCCCCGUGGGGAUGUGCCCAUCUUCCUCCCCCAAAUUCCACCCCAGAAAGUGGUCUCUGAGGCCUGGGGGGCUUGGGAACAGCCCAGGGCCUCACCUACAGCCCACAGCAAACACCAAAGGAAGUUGGCGCCUCCCACAAGACACUGGGGUCCUGAUGCACCUGGGGACAUCUUAGGAAGCUGGUGGAGCAAGAUUGGGUGUGCAGAGCCGGGGAAGCCUCCGUGAGGAGCCCGCCCACCCAGGGUGAAUGGUACAGUGCUUCUCUCAUAUCAGAGGAACAGGGCCUGGUUCCCUCAGGAUGGAGGCCAGCAGGCCACCCUCAGGUCAUAAUGGCCAGUGAGCCUCAGACAGUAGCGGUGGGCCCCCUACGACCAAGCUGGGGAAACAAACCCAAGACCCUAGAACCCCACCUGCUGGCCACACAGGGCCUGUGUCGAUUCCCAUGACAACUGCCAAAGGGGUCCUGGGACAACCUCCCCACCAAGAGCCCUUGUCCCCGGAGGAGGAAGGAAUCCCAGGACACCUCCUUUCCCACCAGCCUAGAGCACCAGCUUCUCUCCGUCCUCUGUUCGCUCUCCCUGGACCCAACAUGUGGGCCAGCAAAGACUCAGUUUCUUCCCAGCAAUGGCCAUCCCCACCAGCCCAGGCCUAGAGUGCCUUGGGCCAUGUCCACCUCCCCAGCUGUCACUUAGACCAGCCUAAGAGUUUCCCCCCUUCAUCCUCUCUACCCCACUUUUAGGGGACAGAGAGGCCUCAAGCCCCCAGUUCACACACCUGCCCAAAAUACACCCAGCAGUCUGUGGCCGUGGUGAUACCUGGGAGGCAGCUGUCUUGAGCAUUUGUAGAGAGAGGGGGGGAAGAAAGAAAAUCGCAUUUGCAGUUUUUUUUACUCAGUUUUUUUUGCAUACAGGUGGCUGGGGAAGGAAUAGUCUUGUUUGGAGGAGAUGGGACCUGUUUGAGUCUUAUUCGGGUGCCCAGAGUUCAGUGGCACUUAGCAGCACCGUGUGUCUCUGCGGACAGACGCAAAUGCAAAGAUGUUUCCUAAGAAUCUUGGCCUUGUCUUCUCAGGAGGGUUAUUGGGAGCCGGGCUCUGGCACAAGACACCAGGGCCCCCAUAGCACCCCCUAUGGGGCAUCCCAGCCUAUCAGGUGGUAAGAGUGCCUGAGGGUGGUAUCAUGAGCUGGGACUAUGGGAUCCACCAGACUUAGGCUUUUGGGGGUGUUUUCUCGGGCCUCUAUUACGCUGUCUCCAACAAGGUCAGAGGAGGGAAUGUUUAUUUAUUUACUCCUGCAAAGGUCUCUGUACGAAUUGUGUUCCUCCCUUCCCUGGGCCACAGGAGCGUACCCCGAUGGAGGAUGUAUUCUAGAACCCUGUAGAAGCUCAGUCCAGCAUGCUAAUCAAAAUUACCUCGGGUGGGGUUUGGUUUUUUGUUGUUGUUUUGUUUUGUUUUGUUUUUGAAUUCCUUUUGCACAAGACAACCAAAUCUUAUCGAUUGUUUUCUGGUCCCAAAAGGGUAAGGGCCAAGUAGGCAGGGGCCAUAGUGAGGGCCCUGAGUCCCCUUCUUCCCACCCUGGAAGGCCUUGAUUGUCCAGGAUGCACCUCUCUGUAACCCUUCUGUCCUGCCUUCCAGCUAUCCCUUCCCAUCGUGUAAGUGUGCUGGCCCCCCGCCCCCCCCCCAGUUGUGUGGCCCCCCCUAGACUUGCUAGGAUGAAACUGUGUAUUGUACACACCUAUAAAUACGUGUUUUAUGUUAAUAGAGAUAUAUUCUGUAAAUAGCAUAUAUACUUGAGCAAUAUAUAUGUUAAUAUAUUCUGUGUGCGCAGGACACAGGCAAGGGCCCCACCUCAUGUGCGCACACACGGGGACAUUUUGAGCCACCGUAUAUAUUUUUAAUUUGAAUAUGUAGGCAAUACAACGAUUGGAAAAGCCCUGGGGUCCUUGAGGCCAGCUUGGAGGGGAGACAAAACCACCAGCCUACUGCAUCUGGGACAGGUUUAGAGGGCCAGCGUGGUCUGCUUUAUAGCUACUGCACCCCCAUUCCCACAGCCUAGCGCUCUGGAUGCUCUUAUUUUAUUUGGAGGGGACAUUGAUCCAGAAGGGGGAUUGGGAUUUUUUUACAUUUUAACAGUGGCUCCCUCCCUCAGGGUUACUCCGAAAACAUUGUCUGGUAAACCCAUUGUGUUCUGAUCUCCCUCCCAGAGUCCCUUCUCUAUAGAAAGCUGUAGGCCUGGCAUCUUACCUGAUUUUUUUGUUGUUGUGUUAGUUGUGUUCUUGAGGCUGGGUCUCAGGCUGUACUGGAACUCCUUAUGUAGACCAGACUGGCCUUGAAUUUAUAGAAAUCUGCCUGCCUCUGCCUCUUGAGUACUGGGAUUAAAGGCGUGCGCCACCACGCCUGGCUGAUUUUUUUUUUUUUUCCUUAAUUCCUGCUAGUUUAGGAAUCUCAGGUUCUCUUCCCUGCUUUCUCCCUAGGGCAGACUCCACAGGACCCAAAACAUCACACAUAUUCCCCCAACUGUGUGUCUAGAGAGGAGCUGAGGCCUGGGUCUGCCUGCCCAGCCUUCCAGAGACCCCACUAUUUAGCUACAGGGGUCCUUGUGAAGAAGCUGGGUCUCUGUGUUCUGUGGGUAACAUAGGCAUGAUAGAGUCUGUACAGCCCUGGGAGAUGGGACAGUCCUCAUUGAGGCCCUCUGCUCUUGUGUUUUUAGUGCUGUCUCCCCACUUCUUGGCAUCUCCUGGUUUUAUGAAUGUGGGGGUCACUCCAGCCCCUGCUGACCCAGCCUCAGAGGUGACCCAAGUGGCAUGCCAGUCAGCAGUCAAGGCUCUCUGGGGGAUUUUGUUUGUAUUUUCCCCGCAGUGCUGAGGAUUGUAGGCAGGGCCUUGUGCAUUCGAGGCAAGUGCUCCCCCAGCCACUCCCAGGGCCUAGCAGCAGAGUCUCCUGGCCCGCAGGGAGGCUAGGAGAAUGGGCUGUUAAGGUAGAGUAUUGGGAAACACAGUCAGACCCCCUUGGGCAGGGCUACCAAGUCAUGGACUCCAGGGGUUGGUAUCUGCCUGAAAGACACUCUAAUUAGAAAAGUUCACUUUGGGGUGUGGCUCCGUGGAUAGUGGGAUAAUGCUCGCCUAGCAUGCAUGAAGCUCUGGAUUCAAUGCCCGGCACUCAGGAGAUGGAAGCAGACAGAUCACAAGUUAAGGCCAGCCUGGGCUACAUGAGACCCUGUCUCAAAAGAAAAAAAAAAAAAGUCAAAUAUCACUUGUAGUUUUGACUUCCUGUCCACUGCAGACCAAUGAGACCGUUCAGUGUCCCCAUUUACAAAGUCCCCUCCCCAACUUUGGCUCAGCCCCACACCCUGGAGCAAACCCGCUUCCCAAGAAAUCUGUUUCUCCCCCAGAUCUCAGCAGCAUUGCCCAGUGUAUACUCCUUUCCUCCACAGGGUCUCUAAAGACCACACACACACACACACACACACACACACACACACACCCCUAUAGAGGUAUGCAGCCCCGACCCCAUAAAACCCGCUUCCCCAAGCCUCUGGAGCAUCAGCAUUUACCCUGUUCCACCGGCUGCAGGCAACAGGUUCCUAGUGUGAUGGGCGGGGGUCAGGGAACCCGGUUCAGUCUGCUGCUGCCCAUCAGGCAGUGUUGCUGAAGCAUCCUCUUAGGCCGGGGAGGUGGUUCCCCCUGUAGUACGGUGGAAGGAACUGUGGAAGUCCGAAAGAUGCUCAGGCAGGUGGGAAGGAGCUAGCUCUCCUGUGCACAGCCAGCCCACCCCUUUGGUCCAUGGUCGUCAAAGAUCUGGACCACCCGCUACCAGCCCCUCCCCACCACAUCUCCCAGGCUGGCCUUUAAAAGUCCCCAGCCGCCUCAGGACCACAUGCCAGCGCCUCUGGAUGGGAUGGGGGCAGCACAGGCUCUUCUUGGCUAAGGCAACUGACAGAGGGAGCAGAAGGGAGGGUCUACUUUGACUCUUGAGUGAUUAGAAGGCAUGGGGGCAGGAGCGUGAGGCGGCUGGUCACGUGGCAUCCACAGUCAGGAAGCAGAAAGAGAUGGAUGCUGGUGCUCAGCUCACUUUCUCCUUCCUAUUCAGUCCAAGAGCCCUUGGAAGGGUGCCGCCCACCUUCAGGGUAGGUUUUCCCACCUCAAUUAAUCCAGUCUCCCUGACAGACUUAGGGAGAAGUUGGUCUUCUAGCUAGUUCUGGAUCCUGUCAAGAUGCCUAUUAGGCAUCACAGGACACCCCUCGCCCACCCGUGUUCAUUCUGUGAGCAGAAUUGGGGAUCCAUAGGUGGGGUCAGCACUUGGUGAGGGGAGUCUGGGUGAGGAAUAGGGGGGCUCCCCAACAGGGGUGGGCUAUAGCUUUGAGUUCCCACGGGAUGAGUAUUGUACUGAGGGUCCAAGUAUAGCCUGGAAGGGUGGCAGACCUCCAUUUUGACAUCCAGGAGGGGAGCGAGGCCAAGAUGGCCGACUGCCGGUCAGCCUUGCUCUGAGGUGUGGGGCUGUUGUGGAGGAGAAGAGCUAACUUGAUAGACCUAACCUUUUCAUACAUCUCUGCUUUCUUGUUCAUGUCCAUUUCCUAAUUUGAAGCAGCAAACGGAGACGUUUAACUGAUCCCGGGUGGGCCCCACAUACAAGGCACCAGUAGAGGCCCGAGGCCAUGGCGCCUGUGAGCAUCAGUUUGGUGGUGAGGGUUUGUGGCACUUGGUGGAAGAGGAGGGAACUGGGAGAGUCAGAAGUGCGAGGUGGCCCAUGUGUCAGGAUGCUGUUCUGUGUGGUUAUAUUCGUGUGUGUGUGUGUGUGUGUGUGUGUGUGUGUGUGUGUGUGUGUAUGUGUACAUGUAUUAGGCAUGAGUGUGUGCACACAUGUGCAGAGCCUAUCAGAGCUGUGAGCUAUUUCAUGCAGUGUUUGGCCAUUCAGCCUAACCCACUGCCACUCAGAGUUAACCAGAUGGGGGGGAUCCAGGCCCUGGCUCCGGGGUGGAACGUAGAGUUCUUCUGAUGGGAUAGGCUCCUUUCCUAUUCUCUGAAUCCCCAGGAGACUCUACCCUCCGAGGCCCGGGGGCAGUCCAUGUAGGCAGCCCGAGCUGGCCCAGGCCCACCCAUGGGACUCUUCAAACGUUUCAUUUCUGAAGACAGUAUUCGCAGGGAGAGGGGCUGGAGACAAGAGGAGCCCUUUGCUUUCCAGGAACUCAUCCUGGAAAAGGGGUCCACAAAGCUGAAGACCCCAGCAACGGGCAGAAUCCAGGUCUCCGCGGGCAUAGCCUAGCGCGGUUCUCCUUUCUGUUGCCUCGGUUUACCUGUAUCACAGGAAGAGCUGGAGCAGGGUCAACCCCCAAACAACAGGGAGAUGAAAAUGUUCACAAUAGUUCUCCCAGCCCUCCUCUUGUAUGCCAAAAUCAUUUCCGUUAUCCUGAGGCAGGGGAGCAGGUGUGGGCGCCCUGCCCACAGCCCCAGCCGACCCUCGCCUGGCACGUCAUGCCCAGGUCACCAGCAACCGUGGUACUUCAUCGGUCCUGCAGCUUGGGUGAGGGGAGGACUGGAGUUCUCCCCUCUCCACCUCCAGGGCCUUCAUGCUUUCGUUUUUUUUGUCAAAGAAACAAAACCCUUGAGAGUUGUGUACUGUAUGAUGGAGAGAAAAAAAAAGUACCUAAUGUUCCCCCUGAAAAAGACAGUAUAUUUUGUACUUUGUAAAGUGUUCAUUAAAUGAAGGGGAAAAAAAGAUGAUGUUGGCG